CGCCCUAAUCUAGAUUGCUUGUCGCCGUUGGAUCUAGGUCAGCAUUUUGGUGUUCAGGUUUAGGGUUCUUCAGUGUUUUGCGAGGCGGCGACGAUGGGCAAGGGCGAGCCGAUCAGGCUUUACGUUCCGGCGACGAUUCUGGGAUACAAGCGAUCCAAGUCGAACCAGUAUCCCAACACCUCGCUCCUCCAGAUCCAGGGAGUGAACACCAAGGAGGAAGUGGCGUGGUACCAAGGCAAGAGGCUCGCCUACAUCUACAAGGCCAAGACCAAGAAGAAUGGCUCGCUCUACCGAUGCAUGUGGGGACGUGUGACGAGGCCUCACGGGACCAGCGGCGUCGUGCGCGCCAAGUUCCGCAGGAAUCUCCCUCCAAAGUCUCUGGGUGGAAGAGUCCGGGUCUUCAUGUACCCCAGCCGGAUCUAAGCUUGUUUUGACUUAUCCAACUAAGGAUUGCUGUUUUUCCCAAACCCGGAUAAGAUAAGUUCGUUCGUUCCUAGAUUCUCGUUGUGGUUUCUGGGAUGUUUGUAUUC